AUGUCUCUCUUGACGGACCCCGCAACGUUCGACGUGAGUGCGUUCGUCGGCAAGUCGUACUCGGCGGCCGCCGAAGCCUACAUCCCGUCGGUGUCCACGAUCAACGAGGGCGACUCGAUCUACCUCACGAUUGACUACUUCAAUGAGUCGGUGGGUGCGGCUGGAGCCGGCAACUUCGUGCGAACCAACAACGGGUUCUUCAGCGCGGCCGCGCCACGCGAUCAGUGGCUGGCCAUGAACCUCGAUGGGUUUGUGCCGGCCAUGACCGACAACGGUAACGCGAUCGACAGCGCCAACGUCCGCGUCGUGAUCACCGACGGCGGAUUCGGUGGCCUCCCGAACGACUCCGGAUUCGGUGAGUUCGCUUACCUCGACAACUUCAGCUACGUGGUCCAGGAGCCGCUGCCGCCCACCCCGAUCUUCUUCUCCGAGGACGCGCCCUCGAACCUGAACAUGAACGAGGGCAACGUUCUGUUCGAGCCCGCGCUCGAUCCGAACGACGCCUCGAACGACGUCGGUGAAGUGAUCUUCGGCGGACUCGGCACGUUCGUGAAUGUCAACAUCGGGGCGCCGGUCGAUGUGUCGCCCUUCGAGGGAGAUAAGUUCCGCGCCUCGUUCGAUUACCUGGUCCCGGCCGACACGGCUCUCGAGCCGGGCGACGACACGUUCUGGCUGCAACUCGCCUUCAACGACCCGGCAAGCGCCAGCACACCCCAGGGCGCCGGCAACAGCACGUCGGCCGGAUUCCCGGCAAUCGAUGUUGUCGCCGAUGGGGUUUGGCGAACGAUCGAGAUCACCGGCGUCAUCCCGCCGGACACCGAUGGUGCCACCAUGCAGAUCACCGCGAGCGACGACGGCUUCGCCGGUGGGCCGGCCGACACCUUCGGCACCGGUUUCUUCAUCGACAACGUGGUCUUCGAGGCCGUUGAAACCCUCGAAGGCGAUUACAACGACGACGGGGUUGUCGACGCCGCCGACUACACGGUCUGGCGUGAUAACGACGGCACCGCCGCCCCGACCGGCCCUCCCUACGCGUACCGCGACGCGGUUGAGCUGAGCGGUGAGCGGUCCAUCAACUUCUCCGGCGACGGAGCCAACGGCGUGGACGCGGCCGACUACACGGUCUGGGCCGGUAACUACGGAUCGCCCGCGGAAGCGGGUGUCGCGGUCCCCGAGCCGGGCGCUUGCCUGCUGCUCGUGGUCGGUGUCGCUUCGAUCUCGGCCGCUCGUGAAGCGGCCCGCCGUUCUCAAUGCUUGAACAACUGCAAGCAGAUCGUGCUGGCGACCCACAACUACGAGGCGACGUACGGCAUCCUGCCCGAGGGCGCCAUUCACUGGCUCCCGACCGGGGGCGCGGGAACCUACGUGCGAGACGCGGGCCUGUUGGCGAGGAUCUUGCCGUUCGCGGAAGACGCCACGCUGCACUCGCUGCUCGACUUCAACGACCCGGACCCGAAUGGCACCGAGGUUCAGAAAGACGGCAAUGGCAGUUAUAUCAAGAUAGUACGGCGACGGCGUGCUGCGAACGCAACACGCGACUUUCCAGGCCACCCCGGCGGCGCCAACUUCGCCUUCGGGGAUGGUAGCGCACGGCUCCUCUCCGAAGACAUCGAUUUCGAAACCACCUACCAGUACCUGGGCGAUAAGUCAGACGGCGGUGUGAUUACCUACAACGGUGAGCCGAUAAGUGGGGCGACGGUGACCUUCAAGCCGGCCGAUGGCAAGAAGGUCAGCUACGCCAACACCAAGGCGGACGGAACUUACGAGCUAGCGAUCGCAGGAGAACGCGAUCGGUUCGGGGCGGCGGUUGGCGAGAACCGUGUCAAAGUGACCGCCAUCGCCGAAACAGGCCAGAGUGAUCCGGACCUGGGCUCGCUGCCUCAAGUUGGCGCCAGCAACAAAAUCGAGUACCUCAUCCCGACCAAGUAUUUCGAGUACGAGACUUCCGGGCUGAGCUUUACCGUCCCAGCUGGCGGCAGCACCGAAGCCGACUUCGCGCUGUCGGAUUGA